AGAUGAGGAAGUGGCCGGCAGGCGGCCCUGGGGACUUCUCUCCGGCCCUGAUCCCUUUGAACCCUUCACUGCUGCCCGCCUGGUUUCCACUGCACCUCCUGGCCUUCCACCCUUUGCCCACUCCUCUCUUUUCCCUUCCUGCCCCAUGCCGGUGCCCUUUUUCUUUUCCAUCCAUCUUAAGGGAACUGGCUCUGUUUCACUGCGGGAGGGGGGUGGUGCGCACCCGGGUUUCCCUCAAACUUAGGGAGAGAUCCUCAGAAGUCUGGACUCCCUCUUGCCCUCUGGGUCACUGUGUAUCUCCCGGUGUUAAGUGGUGGUGAAGGGCGAGUGAAUUGGAGGAGGUGGUUGAGGGAGGAGAUAAGGAACUGGCAAGCUCACGUGUGUCAGAGCACAUGCCUAAGUGCUAGGCCCCACUCCAACAUAAGCCACCAACCAAAGUCUAACUGUAGGAAGAAAUGAGUGUCACUCACCAGAGAGCUGUGUGUGCAGAAGGGAGGUGUGGGUGAAGAUGUACCCAUGCCUGGUCAGCUGUAUGUCCCGCGGUUAAUGCAAUCCCUGACAGGUGUGAAGUUUAGGAGCCUGGCAUGUCCGAGUCCAGUAGGGAGGCCUGUUUGGGUGAUGUGGUCAACAAGAUAUGCCUGGACUGUGUGUGGAUGUAUGCUGGCUAGCUCCUGGCGCGGUAUGCAUGUCUCUGGGGGUGGUUGAGAGCGGUGUGAUGAAGGUACAUAUUACUGUGUGAGAGCGUGGAUGUGGAUGGUAGAACUCAAGCCCCAAGGCUGGAGAUUGAUGGAGAGCAGCUGGAGCACUCCGCUUGUUGGGCAAUUGCCGGAGUCCUCUGGGACAAAGUCCUAGGCUCUCCUGGGUCUAGGCUAAAUUUUUGUAUCCCUAUAAACUUUCCCUUGGCAUUCCUUCCAACUUUGAGGAGGAGGGGACCUAGCCCAUGAGGCUCCCUCCCAGAAGAGGGAAAGAUUCCUGAGACCUCCCCCACUCUCCCACCUCCUCACAUACCACUGGUGUCCUCACCCCUCCCUGGUAGGGAAGGGUGAUGCCCAUUCUAAAGUAGGACAAACUAAGAAUUCAUGGCUGGUUUGGGAGAGAAUGCUGGGUGUGGAUUUUUUAGCAGUUCUGGCUUUGGCCAGACGUCCUGGCCAGAAGUUUCUGGAGAACCUACAAACUUAUCUGGCUGGUCAGAGGUGGUGAGGCUGGGGCUCACUUGGCUUUCUCAAUUCUGGUGGGUCCUGCUCCUCUAGGCAUUGACCUGUGGCCUGGACCCACCCUCCACCCCAUGCCCAACGUAGCGGGGGCGGGAGGAGGGCGGGGCUGCUACAAGAUCUAGUCAGACAGGUGGAGCCGCCAGGGCAGGAGUCUCAAAGAGCCAGGCUCCUGGAGUGGAAGAGAGAGAGAGGCAGAACUUGCCCCUGAGAAGAAGGGAGGAGAGAGGCUGGAGGUGAAGCACUGGAAGAAGGCAGGAGGCUGGAGAGUCCUUAGCCAGGAUGGAGGCUGUUGUGAACUUGUACCACGAGCUGAUGAAGCAUGCGGAUCCCCGGAUCCAAAGCUACCCUCUGAUGGGGUCCCCCUUGCUAAUAACAUCCAUCCUUCUGACCUAUGUGUACUUCAUCCUAUCGCUUGGGCCUCGAAUCAUGGCUAAUCGGAAGCCCUUCCAACUUCGAGGCUUCAUGAUUGUCUACAAUUUCUCACUGGUGAUACUCUCCCUCUACAUUGUCUAUGAGUUUCUGAUGUCUGGUUGGCUGAGUACCUACACCUGGCGCUGUGACCCCAUAGACUUUUCCAAUAGCCCUGAAGCACUUCGGAUGGUUCGAGUGGCCUGGCUCUUCAUGCUUUCCAAGGUCAUUGAGCUGAUGGACACAGUGAUAUUUAUCCUCCGGAAGAAGGACGGGCAAGUGACCUUCCUCCAUGUCUUCCACCACUCGGUGCUUCCCUGGAGUUGGUGGUGGGGGAUAAAAAUUGCUCCAGGAGGAAUGGGCUCCUUCCAUGCCAUGAUAAACUCCUCUGUACAUGUCGUCAUGUACCUCUACUAUGGAUUGUCUGCCCUUGGCCCUGUGGCCCAGCCCUACCUUUGGUGGAAGAAACAUAUGACUGCCAUUCAGCUGAUCCAGUUUGUCCUGGUCUCACUGCACAUCAGCCAAUACUACUUCAUGCCCAGCUGCAACUACCAGUACCCCAUCAUCAUCCACCUCAUCUGGAUGUAUGGCACCAUCUUCUUCAUACUGUUCUCCAAUUUCUGGUAUCACUCUUACACCAAGGGGAAGCGGCUGCCCCGUGCAGUUCAGCAAAAUGGAGCUCCAGCUACCACCAAGGUCAAGGCCAACUGAGAAGCAUGGCCUAGACAUUGCCCACCUAAGUGCCUCAGGACUGCACCUUGGGCAGCAUCCACAAGUGUCCUCUCUACCUACACCCGUGACCAGGGCUCUGUGGUCAGGACUGAGCAGGCGGACUGGCUCUCCCCUCCCCACAGCUGGUCCACAGGGGCCACUGUUCCCAUCCCUUCUCCCAGCCAGCUCCAGGGAUGUGGCCUCACUGCUGUCUGCCACCAGAACUGGAGGCUGAAAGGGCUGGACACUUACUUCCCCCUCCCUGCCUUAAACUUGGGAGAGGAACACUCAGGGCUGGCCGGCACGCACCCGGGUCUUGUGGCCUUUCUCCUCACACUGAAGAGGUCAGCAAUAAUCUGUCACUGUGGACUCAGGCUCCCUUCUCACUCCACAUGGAAGCAUGAGCUUCGGGCCAAAGGUCAGAAUGGGCAGGCAGCAGGCCUGGAAGUCAGGCUGUGCGCUCACUUGUGUCUUAAUUAAAGUGACGGGAAACCACUGAGAUUGUGUGUGUGUGUAAAUGAGGUGCGGGACACAGCUUUAGCUCUGGCUUGUUUACAAACAAAAGGGAUGGGUGGUAGUGCAUGCGGUAAUUCCAGCUCCUGGGGAGGGUACAAAGCAGGAAGCUCAAAAGAGCCUGAACCCUGUCUCAAAAGAAAAAUGAUGCUCAGUAGGCAGGGCUCUGGGUUUGGUCCCCUAAACUACAAAAAUAAUAUAAAAAGGGGGGUUGCCAAGUCUAGCUCUAGUCAGAGUAGGGGAAGCAUGUAGGAAGGAUGCUGGGACAUAAGGAAGAUACGAACUUUAUUAGAAAAAAUAAAAUAAAAACAAGAAAGGAAA